GAGAGAGAGAGAGAGAGAGAGAGUUGCAGGAGUCUUAAAAUGGAAUAAAUGGUUGUGUGGGGGCGGAGAUUGCUAUAUGAGCUGGCGCUGACCGUCAAAGCCCUCUUUUAUCAAUUAGCGUUCAGUGUGGUGCGGCGCGGCUGCUGUCACGGCUGGGAUAUCAGGCUGGCCAGACGAGAUGCGGGUAGGACUGGGUGGGACUUUGACGGUCAGCGAUUUUGCUAUUCCAUUAACGACGUAGUUUCG